AUGGCCACAGGUGGUGCCGCUCCGCCUCUGGCCCUCUCGAGCUCUCCCCCGCCUUUGCUCGACAACAGUCCCAGCAACCUCUCGAGCCCUCUCAGCGAUGUUGAAGACAAAGAUGCAGACGUCGAAGAGACAGAUCUCGAUGUGCGCGAUCACGACAUUGCUCACGGGAUACCAAACAAAACAGGGGACAUGGAGCCGGACUUCGAGGCCGCCUCCGAGUCAGACGACGAGAGCAAGCUCUCCGAGGUAGACAUUAACGACUCCGAAGCUGAGACAGAACGACUCUAUGAUACUCCCCCAAAGAACAGCACCACGCGCGACAUCACUAGCACGUUUGGCGACGACACCGGACAUCGACAAUUUACUGACCGCCGGGACCGAGUUUUCGAGCGCAGCCCGAGCAAGCUCCAGCAGCUACUACAGGCCGGCAUUGAAGCAGAUGAUGCGACUAGCGCUCGCAAUUCGGCUUCUGAAGCAGAGGAAGAAAACGACGAUGACGUCUCAAUGGCGUCCAGCGAACCGGAGCUCCACGCCGUCAAAGACUCCGAGCCUCAAUCGCCCACACAGGUCAAGAACAGUCUAGCUGUGUCCCCCAGUGAUCCAUCGACCUCGCAACUCUCUAGAAAAGACUCAACUGAGUCUCGGAAACGGAAACGCUCCGCUCUGGCCGAUAAUUCCGAAUCUGAACAGCCACUUAAGAAGCGGACUGGCUCGAUUGACGCUACCGAGCGCGUGUUUCCGGCAGACGAUAUACCCAUGGCUGAUGACGAGGGCGUCUCAACAAACCCCCAGAGCGGGGAUCACACUGCAGAGGAAGAUGAUAACGACGAGGUGCCAGGGGCAACCGAGGCUAAAGAAGAGCUCCCUGACUCAGUGGAUGAAGAAAUUGCGCUCUCAAGCAGAUCUAAGAAGGUGAAACGCAGCCAAACUAAGAAACGGAAAAGCAAAAGUCCUGGACAAGCGGAUGGCCAAGAAGAAGUCCCCGAUGAGCCUCCUGAAGAUGCCGACGUCCAAAGCCUUGAGGUGCCUACGCCGCAGGCGGAGGACGACCAUGCCGAAGAAGUAGAUGAGGAGGCAGAGGCUGCGCACAGGAACGAGGAAGAGCCUAAUGAGAUUGCAGUGGAAAGGAAAAAGGCCGCUUGGGAAGAGCUUGUGGCCAUAGAGAAGCAGUUCACCAGUUUUCGGGAGCGAUUAUAUCAGGAGCGCUUGGAGCAGCUCAAUCAGGAAGAGGCUAUGCUCACCGGCGAUAACCCGACUCAUCCUGAAUACCUUGCAAUGCUGCAGUGUCUCGAGGAGAGACGGGCAGAGAAAAUCAGGCUCAGCAGCCUUGAGUUGCAGUUCAAAUUGUCGGUCCUCCGUCGCCGGGCAGUUGCCGAGCGCGCGCAGAUCAUGUCGCAGUUUUAUCAGGCUGUCCGCGACUCGAGAGAGAAGGCGCUUGAGGAACUGGGCCAAGAAUGGUACGAAAUCCAACAAGAGCGCAGACGGGCCGCCAACACAAUCCCCGACUACGGGAUCCGCUUCCCUGCCACGAAAGGGCAGGCUCUCAGGAAUGCCGUGUCCUACAACAAGGAGGUGUCGGUGCUUGCGGGCUUUGCCAAACACGUCGGCUUCCCUGCCGCGCCUCCCAUCAAUGGCGCUACUGAUGAGCAGUUAGAGGCUGACCUCGAAGCUAUCCAAAGCGCCCGUGAUCCUAUGCCCAGGCCAAUAACCCAUCAACUGCCGCCGUAUCGCCCGGAAUUUACAGCAGGGCUUGCCUUUGAACAGGGUCUUGGCACUGCCGGAGAGCAGUUCAUUGAGCAGACGCCGUGGGCCAAUCCCAAUCACCCGGCUCACCACAUGCAGCGCCAGCAGGCCCACCGCGAGGUGGCCACCUACGCCGGUCCGUUUCCGGGUCCUCGGAGGCACUCGAACAUACCCGCGACACAAUUCUCUUCAAGCACGUCUACUAUCCUUAACGGUGAUUCACCGGCUCAGGUGCAAAAGACACACUCGCCGGUGGCGCCUGAGCAUUUCAAGGGCCCUAAGAUGGCCCCUGAACCGCUAAGGCGAGAACCUGCCAUACAUGCGUCUUAG